AGAAAUGAAGCAACAGUGCAGUAAUAUGUCAAUACACAUGAAAGUCUCUUGAAAAGCUGAAUUGACCAUGGAUCACCGCCUCUGAUUUCUUCCCUCGUGCUCAAAUAAAUCUUAUAAAAAUUGGAAAGUUGUCUUCUCUUGUUAUACAGUACUGAUUUUUUUUUACUUGUAUGGGUUUGAGCUGUUGAGGAUGUACAUAAAAGGCAAUUAACUUAUUUCAAAACCAGUUGUGGCAUUAUUUUGACCAGACAACAUUUGUUCUAUCCUUUAAGAAUACUGUAGCAGUGGUAACCUUUUGGGGUGAUUGUGUACAGUGGAAUAUUUUAUUUAUUGAGGUACAAGGCAGAAUAGGUCCUUAAGAUCCUUCGAGCCACACCACCCACCAAUCCCCCAAUUUAAUCUUGGCCUAAUCACAGGACAAGUCACAAUGAUCAAAUAACCUGCCAGCCAGUACAUCUUUGGCCUGUGGAAGAAACCAGCGCACCUGGAGGAAACUCCACGUGGUCAGAGAAAACAUGCAAGCUCACAGGCAGUGGUGGGAAUUAAACCCAGGUCACAUAAAGAGUUGCAUUAGCCACCAUGCUACCGUCUUGCUCGGGAUUUAGUUUCUACAGCUGUCUUUGGGUUUAUGUUCUCUGCAUGACCGUAUACUCUGGUUACUUUCCACAAUCCAAAGUUGUGAGCAUGUUAUGUUAGCUCCGGAAACAUGGGUGACAUUUGCAGAUUCCCCACACCACCAGCAGCAUAUCUUUGGAUUGUGUUGGCCAUUAAUAUGAAUGAUACAUUUCACUGUGUUUCGGUGUUCAUGUGACAAAAAGCUAAUUUUUAAUCAAUUACUCCACAAUGGACCAAGCUUGGCAAAACUGGCCUCAGGCUUAAAUUUUAUCUUGCCAAAUACUUUUGUCUCGACCAGUAUUGCUGCGGUGCUUUACCUUCGUGUACAGGUUGAGCACCUCUUAUUGGAAAUGGUUGGCCGGAAGUAUUUUGGAAUAUAGUUACAGUGCCUUAUAAAGCAACUCAUCCCCAGUCCUUUGUUCAAAUAAAUGAGUAUUACAACCGGAGAUUUUGAUCACUUUUACUGAGAAUUUUUAUUUGUGAACCGUGUUCUUUUUUACAUUAGAGCCCAAGAAAUGAGAAAUUAUAAAGUGUGGAAAACUAAAAAUUCAAAAACAAAUGUCAGCAGUUCAAAAGUAUUCACCCACCUUAGUUCCAUAUUAAAUUGAACCACCUCUCACAGCUAUUAUGGCCAGUAAUCAUUUUGGAUAAGGAUUCUGUACCACUCCAGGAUAUGAAUUUGUUUUCACUAGAAGCCACUCCAUGGUUGCUCAAGCAGUAUUGUUUGGGUGAUUGUCUUACUGAAAGAUGUGCUUCCUCCCCAGUUUGUUUUCUGGCAAAGGCUUGCAAGUUCUUACCUCUCUAAAUUCAGUAGCAUUCGUCUUCUUACCAAUCCAGAUCAGGUUUCCAUUCCUUGCUACUUCCACUAGACUUCACAGUGUGGUGGGUGUUACCUGGUUGAUACGCAGUAUUAGAUUUAUACUAGGAGUACUGCUUAGUGUUGAGGCCAAAAAUUCAGUAUUCCCCAACCACAAAACCUAUAUAUUUGCAGUAUCGUUUAUGUGAAGCUUUGCAAAGGUUUUUACAGGCAGGGCUUCUUCCUUUCCACUCUUCCACAAAUAUCCUUUUUCUGCAAGGCCUUAGAGAUUGUGGAGUAAUGACUGACUGCUGACUUCUGCAGCUCACUCAGUUGGCAUCACAAUAACCUCUCUCACAAGUGUCAUUCAUCUCCAACCAUUAAAUUUAGAGGGGCAGUCUGGCCUAGGCAGCAUGGGUGUGGUUUCUUAUUUUCCUCUUCAUGAAAGCCUGCGCUGAGAUUCAAGGCAUGUUCAGUGCCAAUGAGAUGGACUUGUACCCUUCCCCAGAUUAGUUUGUUUUUAAUUAUUAUUUCCCUGACUUGAAUGCUCCUUUGUUUUAGUUUGGUCUUGAAAAUUGGGUGAACCUCCCAAUUUUCUACAUAAACAAAUUUGGUGAACUGUUAAGGUAAUAUAUUGCAUCUGAGGAGUGUUAGCAACUGCAAAGAGAAUAAAUACUUUUAAGCCUCAAUUUUGGGUUUGAGUUUUUAGUAAAUUGACAGGUUUUGGAAAUUUUCUUUUUACUUAAUAUACUGCAGUGUCUUGUAGAUCCACUCAAAAAAUCCUUCAAUAUAUUUUAAAUUUAGAAACUGAGUAAAAUGAAAAUACUUGACCACUAUGGAAAAUAGUACUAUAUUUAAUGAGGUACUUCGGAAUGGGUUCCAAGUUUAAACACAGUCCAGUUACAUUUACACAUACAGCUUGUGUGUAUAUCCUGAAGGUAGAUUUAAUAUUUUAAUAAUUUUGUACAUGAAACAAUGUGCAUUGACCAUCAGAAAGGUAAGCAAUCGCUACCUCUGAUGGUGGACAUCAUCAUUCCCAACUCUGAACUUGUGUGUUACUGGUAAGCAGUCUUCGUCUUACACUUAUUCAUCCCAUAUGUACUGAUGCAGCUAUUCAGCAUGUUAGAUUUUCAUCAGUGAUCUUGACAAAUUCUUCAAUGAGUUUCUUUGCCGCUUGGUGAUCAACAGAUGCUUUAUCAUCAUAGAUCUUCGUAAGUUUAAUGCUGCGCCUUAAAUUUCUGCAACCAGCCUGUGGAAUAUUGCAAUUACCUUCAAUUUUCAGUUUGUCAUGAUAGUGACUUGUUUCAUGAUCAGCAAACCAUUAAGUAGUGUAUGUUUACUCCACCACUGAUUAAUUUACCCAAUACACAAUCAAGAUCUUCAUUUUUCUUUGUAAUGUUUCUCUAUUUUUCAAUGACUUCUGAUUAUAUAUGAGAUCACUUCUUGGUUGGUGUGCAGGCUGAUAAUUUCUUUAUUCAUUCUUCAUCUGUUGCAGCACAGAGCAGUGAAAGUGACUCGGGUGGUGCUAUUUUUUGUAUACAGCACAGCCCAUGCCAGCCACUUACACCCAUGUGACCAAUUAACUUACUAGCCCGUGCAUCUUUGGAAUGUGGAAGGAAAUUGGAGCACCUGGAGGUCAUGGAGAGAACAUACAAACUCCUUACAGACAGCAGCACUGUAAAAACAUGAUGCUAACCACCACACUACCAUGCCACCCACAUAAUUGCUGAUCAAUUCAUAUUCCUAGUGUAUAUUAACAAUUAGCUCUGUCACUAACAAUGGAUUGGUUAAUGUUAUAAACUGUAACUAAUGCACCUUGUGAUCUUAUAAGAAUGAUGAAACCAUUCUUUAACCUUGAACUAGAACUCAAAAUGACACAGCACAGGCCCUUCGGCCCAUGAUGUUGUGCCAAGGUUUAACUCUAAGAUCAGUCUAACAGGGUAAUUAUGUACAGUACCUAGGAAUGGACUGAUUGGUGAUGGAAAUGUGCUGUUUCCAUUCGGGAUUCACAUUUUCUCCUUGUGCCUUCCCUUUUACAUUCCAGUUGAAGGUCUUCCAGUUCUAGCUUACUGUUUCUCGCAAGUUUAGUCUCAUAUUCUGUUUUUAACUUUCCUUGUCAAUUCCUUGGCCAUUUUUGUUGAAUUCUAAGCCUGCUUCCUAUCCUCAUGCUUCCUCUUGUUUAUGGAAACUUUAUAAGCUUUUUCUUUUGAUAGAUUCAAAACAUACUGAACAUACUGGUGCAGUUCUACACUGCCAACGUAGAGAGCAUCCUGACAUCAACCAUUACUGUCUGGUUUGCUGCAGCAUCCUCUCACAAUGUACAAAACCUGCAGGUGAGGAGAAAGUGUCAUUGGCUGCAGGUUACCAUCACUGCAGGAGUUGUACGUGCCUCGGGUAAAGAAGGGGGACACCACCCACCCUGCAAAUCUGCAAAUAGCCUUUUCCAACACUUCCCUUCUGGAAAGCACUAUUAGAACACUUCACACCAUUUAAAAAAUGUCUUCCCCAAGGCAGUUAAUCUGAUCAACCGUUCUAGUUAGUCACCCCCCACUCUAUAUAUUACCUCAGUCACUUCACUGCACUAUAAAACACUUUAAAUCACAUUUUAUAAUGCUGUUUACAUUGUAAUUAUGUGCUGGUAUUUAUGAAUUUAUGUAGAUUUUGUUCCACAUCUGUACUUUUAACUUUAUAUAAUCCUUUAUUCCUUAUAAUUGUUGAAUAUUAUUGUUUUUGUUGCAUGUCACACCACACAACAGCAAAUUCCUGAUACAUGUAAAUGUAUAUGGCAAAUAAAUUUGAUUGUUGAUCUUUGAUAUUUUUUUUGUGACGCUGAUCGAGGGAUCAGUAUUGGCCAAGGCACAAAGAAUUUAUCCACUGCUCUUGGAAAUAGUGGCUGUGGGCCUGCUUUCAUAUUGGUCCGAGAGAAAACAAGAUCUUUAAGAUCAUAAACACCUCACUCUGGCUCCUCUCUUACCUCUACUCUUCUCUUCACCUGUGCAUUCUAUUCCGUGGCUGUACUUCUAAUUUUAUUUUUUUGCAAUUCCUAUUCUGUGUAAUUGUUGAAUGUUUUUUUUGUUGUAUGCCAUGCCAACACACAACAGCAAAUUCCCAAUACAUGUAAAUAUAUAUGGUGAAUAAAGUUGAUCUUUCAUCCUCAUUUCUCCUGUAGUUCCAACAUGUUGGUCCAUGGCUUCCUUUUGCGCCACGAUGAGGAUAGAGGAGCAACACCUUAUAUUCUGUUUGCUUAGCCUCUGACCCAAUGGCAUGAAUAUCGAUUUCUCCUUCCACUAUAUUUAUUUUCCUCCCUCUCCCCUCUUCUUCUAUUCCCCAUUCUGGCUUCUUGCCUCUUCUCACCUGCCUAUCACCUCUCCCUGAUGCUCCUCCUCCUUUCCUUUCUUCUAUGAUCCACUCUCCUCUCCUACCCAAUUCCUUCCUCUCCAGCCCUUUACCUUUCCCACCCACCUGGCUUCACCUAUCACCUUCUAGCGAACCACCUUCCUCCUUUUCCACCUUUUUAUUCUGGCGUCUUCCCCUUCCUUUCCAGUCUUGAAGAAUGAUCUCAGCCUGAAAUGUCGAAAUUCAUUUUCAAAGAUGCUGCCUGACCUGCUGAUUUCCUCCAACAUUUGAGGGUGGUCCUUUGGAUUUCCAGCAUCUGCAGAACCUUGGAUCUGCAACUUUCUUGUUAAUAUGUUCUCCUGUAGUCCAUGACCAGGCUGCUUUUGUUUGUUGCUGUAUAACCCAGUGGGUUACUCUAGCAGAUUGUUUGUUAUUAGACAAUUCCUUCCCCCACACCCCAGACCCACAGAUUAUGCCUGGCCAUUGUCAAUCCACUGUCAGACCUUUUAAUAUGGCUUCUUUGUUCAACUCUGUGAAGCCCUGAUCUAUUUUCAAUCAGAAAUCCUGACUUCAGUUUCAGAUACAGCACUUCCAACCAUAAAAUAAAAUGCCGUUAUAUUUCCUGCACUCUGUCCCACAAAGCUCUUUAGAAACUGAAUCAGAAUGAGGUUUAUUAUCACUGGCGUACCGUAUAUCAUGAAAUUUAGUGGUCUGUGCCACCAGUACAGUGUAAUACAUAAAAUAGACUAGAGUUCUUGGAUUUGUGGACUAUUUAGAAAUCUGAUGGUAGAGAGGAAGAAGCUGUUCCUAAAGUGCUGAGUUUUGUCUCAGAAUCCUGCACCUCCUCUCCAAUGGUAGCAAUGAAAAGAGGGCAUGUCCUGGGUGAUGAGGGUCAUUAAUGGUGGAUGUCAUUUAUUUUGCAGCACUGCCUUUUGAAAAAAUCCUUGAUGCUGAGGAGGCUAGUGCCUAUGACGGAGCUGGCUGAAUUUACAACCCUCUACACAUUUUUUUCUAAUCCUGUGCAUUGGCCCUACCAUACAAGACAGUAAUACAACAUGACGUACAAACAUUACAUAUAAAACAGUCCAUUCCCUAGUUGGUUUCUCAAUACAUUGAUCUUGAAAUCCAUCAUAUAUGCAUCCCAAGAAAUCAUCCACUAUGCUGUUGAUACUUUUGGUAAUGGUUUAUUAUUAUCACAUGUACUGAGAUACAGUGAAAAGCUUGUCUUGCAUACUGUUCAUACAGAUCAGAUCAUUACAGAGUGCACUGAGGUAGAACAAGAUAAAAUAACAGAGGACAGAAUAAAGUGUUACAGCUACAGAGAAAGUGCAGUGCAGGUAGAUGAUAAAAUGCAACAUCAUAAUGAGAUAGGUUGUGAGGCCAAGAUUCAAUCUUAUCAUACAAGAGGUCUGUUCGAGAGUCUGAUCACAAUGGGAUAGAAGGUGUCCUUGAACCUGGUGGUACAUGAUUACAGGCUUUUAUACGUUCUGCCUGAUGGGAGAGGGGAGAAGAGAGAAUGUUUGCGGUGGAUGGGGGUCUUUGAUUAUACUGGCUGCUUUACUGAAGCAACGAGAAAUAUAGACAGAGUCCAUGGAGGGGAGGUUGAUCCCUGUGCUGGGCUGUGUCUACAACUCUACAGAGCCCAUGAUAAUAAGCACAGCUUAGGAGAGUUAAUGGCACCUAAUGGCGACUCCUUUGCUUACAUCUUCGGAAACAGCUCUAUUUCCAUCUUUAAUAUCUCUAUUUUUCCCUUUCAGGGUUCUUUUGAAGAACCUGACCUGGAGUUACACGUUGACUAUGGUUCUUUGUGGGAACAGGACCCACUCUCGGGGUUCCAAGUUCAUCUUCAGAAGUUUUCUGAUGAUUCUGCCAUAGUUGGAUGCAUCAGCAAGGGAGAUGAGGCAGAGUACAGGGCUACGAUGCGAAACUUUGUCACAUGGUGCGAGCAGGAUCAUCUGCAGCUUAACGUGAAAAAGACUAAGGAGUUGGUGGUGGACCUGAGGAGGGCUAAGGCACCGGUGGCCCCUGUUUCCAUCCAAGGGGUUAGUGUGGACAUGGUGGAGGAUUACAAAUACCUGGAGAUACGAAUUGACAAUAAAUUGGACUGGUCAAAGAACACUGAGGCAGUCUACAAGAAGGGUCAGAGCCGUCUCUACUUCCUGAGGAGACUGAGGUCAUUUAACAUCUGCUGGACAAUGCUGAGGAUGUUCUAUGAGUCUGAGGUGGCCAGUGCUAUCAUGUUUGCUGUUGUGUGCUGGGGCAGCAGGCCAAGGGUAGCAGACACCAACAGAAUCAACAAACUCAUUCGUAAGGCCAGUGAUGUUGUGGGAGUGGAACUGGACUCUCUGACGGUGGUGUCUGAAAAGAGGAUGCUGUCCAAGUUGCAUGCCAUCUUGGACAAUGUCUCCCAUCCACUCCAUAAUGUACUGGUUAGGCACAGGAGUACAUUCAGCCAGAGACUCAUUCCACCGAGAUGCAACACUGAGCAUCGUAAGAAGUCAUUCCUGCCUGUGGCCAUCAAACUUUACAACUCCUCCCUCGGAGUGUCAGACACCCUGAGCCAAUAGGCUGGUCCUGGAGUUAUUUCCACUUGGCAUGAUUAACUUACUAUUAUUUAAUUAUUUAUGGUUUUAUAUUGCUAUAUUUCUUCACUAUUCUUGGUUGGUGCGACCCAAUUUCCCUUGGGAUCAAUAAAGUAUGUCUGUCUGUCUGUCUGUUCCAUAACUGGCCAUUGUUCAGCAUGUCAAAGGCUCGGCCUAAGAGUUCGGCUCUUAGUUCUCGGGGCUCUGGAGACAGGCAGAUCGAGGGUCAGUGUCACGACAAGAGACCUGCGUGUCGUUGGGGGAGUUGAAAUAUCUGCUAUGUGCCUGGAGAUCCGGGAUCUUUGCGAUUUUCGGGCACAGAGCUUGAAAAAAAGCGACAUAACAAACUUUUAACAUCAUAAACCAGUGAGUUUUUUGUUAUACCUCCCCGCUCGCUGGGAAAAUGGAGACACCUCUUUUAUUAGGGAGAAAGAAAACCUGUGGUAUUUUGAAUACCGGGUGAAGCACGAAGACUUUGGGGUAACUGCAAGUCUGUGUCUUUGCUAUUGCUUUGCUCACGCUUGAGCACUCGGUGGCGAAGCUGAUGUUCUU